GUGCUGUCCCUGGGCGCUGAUGUCCUUCCCGAGUACAAGCUGCAGGCACCACGCAUCCACCGAUGGACCAUCCUGCAUUACAGCCCCUUCAAGGCCGUGUGGGACUGGCUCAUCCUUCUGCUGGUCAUCUACACAGCUGUCUUCACCCCCUACUCAGCUGCCUUCCUGCUCAAUGAGGAGCAGGUAGAGGAGAAACAUUGGGACUGCAGCUACUCCUGUGACCCCCUCAACAUCAUCGACCUCAUCGUGGACAUCAUGUUCAUCGUGGACAUUGUCAUCAACUUCCGGACCACCUACGUCAACAUCAACGACGAGGUGGUGAGCCACCCUGGCAAGAUCGCCAUCCACUACUUCAAGGGAUGGUUCCUCAUCGACAUGGUCGCCGCCAUCCCCUUUGACCUACUCAUCUUCCGCUCCGGCUCUGACGAGACCACCACCCUCAUUGGGCUGCUGAAGACCGCCCGGUUGCUGCGCCUGGUCCGCGUGGCCCGCAAGCUGGACCGUUACUCCGAGUACGGAGCAGCCGUGCUCUUCCUGCUCAUGUGCACCUUCGCCCUCAUCGCCCACUGGCUGGCCUGCAUCUGGUACGCCAUCGGCAACGUGGAGCGGCCCUACAUGGAGCACAAGAUCGGCUGGCUGGACAACCUGGGCGACCAGAUCGGCAAGCGCUACAACGACAGCGACCUCUCCUCUGGCCCAUCCAUCAAGGAUAAAUACGUCACUGCCCUCUACUUCACCUUCAGCAGCCUCACCAGCGUGGGGUUUGGCAACGUCUCACCCAACACCAACUCCGAGAAGAUCUUC